AUGUUGACCAUUGCCCUUUCAAGGAUCAAAAGUGCUACCGUACAUUCGAGUGAAAAUGGUCAGCUACAAAUACUCACCGGAACUAUUACAGAAUGGCUACAUCCUGAAGAUAUGCUAACACACCUUAUGAAUGCUCUUCUAUUUCUUACUGUUCCAAGCAAACACCUUAAAUUGGGACUUAUUGGCGAUAUGGAUGACUUACAACAAUUGUGCGAAGCAGCUCUGGAAGAAGCGAGGCAAAACUCCGCUUGCGUUUCCGAUCCUAUUCAGAUUGUACCUCGCAAUGGAUGCUCACACGAUAGUCCAUCAAGAGGAACAUCAAUGGCAGCGGAGUUGUUCUUUAGGGAAAAUGUGAACGCUUAUGUGGCGCCACCAUGCAGCGAUGAACAAGAGCAAGUAGGUCGCCUUGGAUAUUUUUGGAAAAGACCAGUUUUCGCAAGGACGUUGAGUUCACCUUAUGCUAUGAAUCCAACGAUAUUCCCUAACACUGUUAAUGUAGCAACCUCAUCUUCCGCAGGAAUCUCGCAAUCUCUUAUACAAAUCGCUAGAUAUUUAGAGGAAUUACAGAUUACGCUUGUCGGCCCUCAUCUUCUAAACAGGGACCAGUAUUCCAUCGUCAAUGCUGUUGACGAUUAUUUAAAUGCAACUGGAUCCUUACUUAUAAAGAAUAAAUUCGAGAUUACCUCAGACUUUCGUCGGCUAUCCGAAAAUAUACGGUUUAUACAAAUGUCAACAAAAGUGAUCGCAAUCGGUGCAGAUUUUGAGAAUUUGAAAGAAGCUCUGGAUCGAUUAGACGUUCGUGGACUAUCCAGCCAACACUACAUCGUUAUUGUGCUUUGCGAUAGUCCAGUAGAGAAUUGUUUCGCUGAUUCCGGGGCACGAUCCACAAUCGCGGAUAGCGAUGUUAUUGUGCUUGCACCAUAUAUGGAGAACUAUGCGAUGGCCAGCGCAAGACUAUCAUCGUUGAUUUCAAAUCCUGUACAGGGCGAUAUGGACAGAUAUAUUUCAUUGUAUAACUCAUGUUAUGGAUAUUGUUAUGGAGCUAAAAUUGGAGGCACAGGGGAUACGCAGUCAUUUUCCGAUACAAUGAAAUCGAAAUCUUUUUCCAACUCAUUGGGAGCAUUUCAAUUUGAUGGUGGAGGAACAAUGCUGUAUCAUUACUAUUUCUAUACUCUCUCUGAUCCUAACGGACCAUACAACGUCAUCUUCGAGGUACUUACACAACCUAGUCCAUGUUCAGCAAUCACUUGUUUCACAGUGACGUCAAAAAUUAUGGAUGCUGAAUUCCUUACCGACAUACAACAACAACAGAUAAAAGAAUGUCUCCGAUUGGGAAAUUGUCAGAAUCAUAUCGGAAUGAUCCUUGGUAUUGUAUUCGGUGUAAUCGGUGUCGUUGCUAUUGUUAUUGGUUACAUCAUUAGUAGACGACACUGCUUCAACGUCUAUCGUAUGCAUUGGAAAAUCCCCAAGGAUCAAUUAAAGAUAAUCGAGAAUAAACAGGCAAAUUUCAAAGGUUCUAAAGCUGGUGAGGGGAUAUCCGGAAAAAGAAGAACAGUAGCAUCGUAUGCAUUACUUGGGAGUAAUAAAGCCGAAUUUAUUGGUUUAAGGCAUUUGAAGAAAAUCAAAUGGACCAAGCCUGAACUCAAGUUUCUUUACGAUCUACGACAAUUGAACCACGACAAUUUAGCCACGUUCCUGGGAAUUUGUGCAAAUGAACUGGAGAAUUUUUACAUUCUCUAUGCGCUCAUAGACCGAGCGUCUCUAGAGGAUUUCAUCAAGGAUCCGGACUUUCCCAUCGAUGAUUUGUUCAGAUCAGCAUUUUUGAGAGAUAUACUGAAGGGUCUACAAUAUCUUCACAAAUCACCAAUACGUUAUCAUGGUCUUCUGAUAACAAAACACUGCCUUGUUGACUCAAAUUGGGUCCUGAAAUUAACUCAUUUCGGAGUUGCCAGUAUGCUUCAUGAGCUCAUAGCAGAAAAAGUGCUGCAAAUCAUGCCGGAACACAACUUGAAUCCUGACUACUUCCCUAUGUUCGCACCGGAACUACUUAAGGAAACAGAAAAUUGCGACAAUUAUCCACGUGGUUCUCCACAAGGAGAUAUCUAUAGUUUGGGAAUGAUUCUCUAUUGGUUAAUGUACAGAGAGGAUCCAUUUUCUAAGACCGGUUUACGAGGAAGAGCAUUAGUAGCCGAAAUCCUAAAACGACGAUUGAAGCCAGAAGUUGACGACUAUGAUGGUUCACCAGAGCAAAAGGCAAGCGCCCUUACCCGACUUAUGAAGGAAUGCUAUACAACUGCUUCAGAGUCUCGACCAAGUCUCCGUAACGUUCUAACAGCAGUGAACAAAGCUUUCAGUGCUUCGAAAGGAAAUUUGGUUGAUCAAAUGCUACGAAUGAACGAGAAAUAUGCACAAAAUCUUGAGCAAAUCGUUGCCGAAAGGAAUGCGAUGCUUCAGGAAGCUCAGGAUCAGACGAAUCGCCUUCUCUACGAGAUGCUACCAGCAUCUGUCGCUGAUGUCCUCAAACAAGGUGGAACCAUACCUCCACGUAGUUACGAUGCUGCGACAGUAUGCUUUGUACAGCUUUGUGAUUUUCCUGCUCUUGUCAGGAAAAGCAGAUCGGAUGAGGUUAUCAGCUUCUUAAAUGAUAUUUUUGAUCGUUUUGACAAUAUCAUCAAGAAACAUGACGCGUAUAAAGUAGAAACUACCGGUGAAACGUAUAUGGUAGCAUCCGGGGUACCGAAUGAAAAUGAGGGUCGUCACGUUAUUGAAAUUGCUGAAUGCAGUUUGGAUAUUCGAGAGGAAUCCUACACAUACGUUGUCGCUCAUUGUCCAGAUUUCAAGAUUCGUGUUCGUAUUGGCUUUCAUUGUGGACCGAUUGCGGCCGGAGUGAUCGGAAUUCGCUCGCCAAGAUAUUGUUUGUUUGGCGAUACGGUAAACUUCGCGUCCAGGAUGCAGUCGAAUUGUCCUCCUAAUCAGAUCCAAACCAGCGAAGUAACAGCAUUGAGACUUAUGACCACCAAUGAGUACACGUUAGUGAAGCGAGGAAUAGUACAGGUUAAAGGAAAAGGAGAAGUUAAUUGCUAUUGGCUAAAUGAACAUAUUCAUGACGCACACCAUCAUGGACAUCUCCCUACCCCACCAACAACAUCAGGAAUGUUCCGACCGAAUUGA